CUAGUAAUCUGUGCUAAUACGUCACUAAAAGUGGCCCCCCUGUUUUUGUUUUUUUCGAAAAAAUCUAGUAUAUUUGAGACAGUACACACACACACAUAUUUUUUUUUUGUACAUGAUCCAUAAAUCCUUCAUGUCCACCAGCCGAUCUGAUGACAAGAAAAUCGAAAUGUUGAACCCUCCCCUUGUGUUUUCCUGUCCUGUUGUCAAUUGUCAGUAUUGAGUAAUGUCACUUCUUGUUUUUAGUGACAUUUUUGUCAGUUGAGAUGAGUAUAGACGCAAAAAUAUAAAUAAUUAGCUUUCGAAAAACAAAAAAUCUUGACCAUUGAUAAUGCUUUGUUUUGUAAUAUGUGUUGAACGCUUUAAAAUAUCAUUUCAAAUGCAGAUGGACUGAUAGAAAUAAUUUGGGAAUGCUUCAGUCUUUUAUACUAAUGUCAGGUCUAGGUAGUUGCAAUAACGACUGCUCUGGUCGCGGAGAAUGCUAUAAUGGAACUUGUCUCUGUGAAAUAAGAUACACUGGCGAUAUAUGUGAUGAUCCUAAUUUACCAUAUCAUGCUGGAAUUGGGGGUGUUUUUUUCAUGGUGGCCUUUGUCUGCGCUGUUCAACUCAUCAUGUGCAUAUUAUCAGAGUAUUACAGAUUGAAAACGCCAACUGUUUUGAAAGCUUGUAGGGUUACUACACAAAAAUAUAUAUACAUUGUUAUAUGUUUAGCAAGUUUGAUACGUGGGGCAUAUUUCAUUUCACUGGGUUCGUUUGAGUACAAUAAUUGGUCAGCCAGUCUUCUAUCAUCUUACUAUCCCUUAUUGAUGUCAAGUGCUUCAUUAAUUGUGUGCUUCUGGGCCGAGGUUUUCCACUUGAGGAAUAUACGCUGGGAAAAGCCACAGUUCAUUUCAAAGUCUUUUCUUGGUUUCGUUACUUUCAAUAUCAUCAGUUACAGUCUUUUACUAGCUGAGAUUGUGACCACUCAACUCUUUCCACCCCCAGAACAUGAUCCUGAUUUUUACAGUCAUCUAUUCAAUGGAUGUUAUGCUGUUCUUUUAUUUAUAGUAGUUAUCUUCUUCUUGAUAUAUGGUGUUGAAGUAUACUUCAAGGUUCGCGGGGGUUUUAUCAGUGAACCUCUUCAAUUGGCCGGCAGACGUGAAAAUGAACCGCUUUGGGCUUAUCACGAAGCCCAUUUGCGACCUCCUGUAAACGCAUCACAAUUACAUCAAUCCCGGAUUGGUUUAUUGAGUCAAGCAUUCAUGCUCAUCAUUAUAGUUGGUUUUUUAUUUUCGGAAACGCUAUCGGAAUUUUGGAAGACUAAAGUACCAAUAAAUUCAAGGAAUUGGCAUGAUGUUGUAUUUCGUACUGUAGAGAUUGGAGUGGCAAUCUGGUUUCCUGCUGUCUUAUGGAAUUGUAUGCAGCCUGGAGAGCUAUGGAUCCUCAACCCGAAGAAAUUGCUCGUGAAUCCUGGUAAUCAGUCCAAGGAUGGCAAGAUCACUCACGGAAAGGAAUUGUCAGAAUUUGACGGAGAAGCAUUUAUUAACAAAAGAGAAUGUUGGAUUUGCUACGAUAGUGACAAACCCGAUCCGCUCAUUGAGCCAUGUGCUUGCACAGGAGACGUUUCAAGUGUACAUCACGACUGUCUCAGAAGAUGGCUUGUGGAGAGCUCUGCAUGCAGCCAAGAAUCUCUUCGAUGCAAAGUCUGCAAUUAUCCAUAUGAUGUAGCAAGUACAUCGAAAUUGGAUUGGGAAAGAGGUUUCACCCCUCAGCAUUGGGGUUACACUGCAGUCAUCGUUACCUCUCUCUGCCUGGUUGUUGCUGGAGCAUGGAUCACAAUUCAAUUGUAUGACAAUUCCUACAUCAGAAUGAUGAGUGCUAGUAUUGCACUAUUGGUUGUGUAUAUAUGCAUAAGAUUUCUGGGGCAGAACACGCUUAGUGCUUAUCAGCGUGCCAAAGUGGCUUCUAUGAGUAUUCAUAAUCAUGUCAACACGAUUAGCGGAAAUGUGAAUACAAAUAAUCAAAUUCUUCAGACGUCCCUCUAAUAUUCUCUAAAAGCCAAUAUUCUUGUGAUAUAAUUUAGUUUUACUCUUUUUAUAACUAACAUCAUAUUAUGUAAGAUGUAUAAAGUUACAGUUCACUAAUAUUAAUAGAUUAUGAAAUGUAUUAAAAAUUUCUUGGCUCAAAAAAAAUCCGCUUCUCUUUUAUCGUUCAAAUAUAUGUUAUUUCCUUGUA